AUGCAGAGCACUGGGAGCUCAGGGAGCAAUUUGAUAACUGGGUAUUUGAAUGAUAAUUGCAUAUUAGUUUGUUUAGGGUUUUCAAUUUUAGGCUGGGGCCCUUGUACUGUCAGCAAAAUAUCCCAUGAUGUCAUUGAUUCUUCUGUUACUUCCAUUAUACCUCCCAGGGAUGAGUCUUCGCUUCCAUGUGAUAAGGCUAACAUUCUUAAUGAUGUGGGACGUCCUGACUCGUCUGCCAAAGAAAGUGGUGAACAAGGAUUUCGGAAGAUUGAAAAAUGUAGUCUGAGUGCCUUGCGCAAUGUUGUUGAGAUUCAUUUGGGAAAUGAGAAGUCUUCAGAUUCUGCAAAAGUUGAUAUGCAAACAGCAUUAAAAGGAUUAGUUGCACGUGAUAUCCCUGGCAGCUCUAGUUCUUGGGCCGACUCUUCACUGAAGCAUGGUGAUCUUCUGUCAGUAUCUUCAAGAAGUUUCUGUUCUGAAUUUCAAAUUCCUGGCUGUAAGACUCCUAGAAUGCAGAAUGAGCAGAAUGGGUCCGAAAUUGAUAAGACUAGUCCUAAGAGUAUGUGCCCUAAACCAAAUGACAAGUGCAAGCUUUUAGAUUGGUGUGGAAUAGAUGAGGUUGUAGCUGAAGGACGUUGGUGUUCUAGUGACCCAAAGGAGCUUGUAAAUCAUGCUCAUCUUGGACCUAAUGUAAUGGAAGUGUUGGUAGACAUUCCAAACAAACCAGAAGCUUUUCUUUGGAGGCCUACAACUAAUAUGUUCUGUAUGCAACAAGCUCAGGGGAAGACAAUAGCGUGGCCAGCUGAUAAGGUGGUGUUCCAAAUCAGUCAUCAAUCUGACAAUGAAGACAAUAUAUCCAUGCAUUCGAGUAAAAAUAUGAAUCAUAUAAAGUGCAAGAUCUUCAAUUGGACCGGAAAAGAUGAAAUUGUUGCUGAAGGUCGUUGGGUUUCCAAUGAUUCAAAAAUGCUUGUUAAUGGCGUUCCUCUCGGACCUAUUGCCAUGAUUGUUUGGGUUGAUGUCCCGACAAGUACUCAAUUGCUGCAGUACAAGUACUCAAUUGCUGAAGAUGAUGAGUCUCCCAAGUCAUAUGUAAUACAACAAAGUUAAUUAGUUUUUGUUGUUCUGUGUACUAUGGUUAAUUUCUUGUACUCCAUGUUGGAUUAUCCAAAGACUGCUAUUUGUUUUUUGGCACAUUUGUGUUGACUCUUCUUG